AUGUCCAAGAGCCAAAAGAGCGAAAAGGACUCAAAACACUCGUUAAAGCUUCCGACCACAGCUCGUCGCCUGUCGUCCGCUUCGCCCGCUCCUUCGGGGUCCAAAUCCGCCACACCUGCCGCUCAACUCCGAGUAAAGGUCGAUCGUCCGUCGCCGUCUGCUUCUGCAAAGACUCCGCUGUUGCGUACAUCUUCGACUGCUCUACGUAGUCAGGCAACUACCCGUUCCGUCCAAGCUAAAUUUAGCAAAACCCGUGCGAUGGCUCUCAGCAACUUCGUCGCCGUCUCUGACAGACUGGUGCACUUCGAGAGUCGGGUCAGAGGGCCUGCAGCCGAAGAUGACAAUGUACACACGUACGAAAUCCGUCGUGACCGGCUGCAAGUCCUCUGGGACAAUGUCGAAGCCGCUUAUUCCACAUGCGCUGAUGCACUGCAUCAAGACGGCGACAGUGAAGGCACACAGGCGAUGGAGGCAAAAUACGAUCACUGCUAUGCAGUGUACGAGCGGUGUCUCGCCCGUGUUAAGGGGCAAAUUACCCAGGUUUCCGGGUCCAGCAGGAGUGAAGCAUCCGUUCCUCCUGUAUACUCCAGUGGCUGCCGGCUCCCUCCAGUCGACACCGAAGUUUUCCGUGGGGAUUACUUGCGGUGGCCGACUUUCCGUGACCUUUUCACGGCCAUCUAUGUCAACAAUCCAAGGUUGACUCCGGUCGAGAAACUUUUCCAUCUGAAUUCGAAGACCGCAGAUGAGGCCAAUGAAAUAGUAGCCAAAUUUCCGCUGACGAACGAUGGUUUCGCGUCGGCUUGGGGUGCUCUCUGCGAACGUUUUGAGAACAAGCGCUUGUUAAUAACAAGCCAGUUGAAGAUCCUGUUUAACCUGUCCACGGUUACCCAAGAGUCGGGAGCAGCUAUCAAGGAGCUGCAGAGCACGAUUCAGCGUUGCUUGACCGCUCUUGAGCAUUCAGACAUUUCCGUCUGUAGCCCGUUCGCAGAUUGCAUCCUCGUUUUCCUCUGCUCGUCCAAACUCCCCAAGCUCACACUCUCGUUGUGGGAGCAAUCGUUGGUGGACAAAGCGAAAAUUCCCGCAUGGCAGGAUAUGAGCACGUUCCUCAAUGAGCGCUACCGUACGCUCGAAGCGAUUGAGGACGUAAAACAGACUGCCAAUUCACAGAUCGCGACUGCAGGACCAUCCCGUCCGCAGAAUUCGAAGCGAGUCAACUCCUUUGAGGCCCGAGUCACUCCGAAAGGCAAAUCGUGUGACUUGUGCUCAAAGGAGAAUCACCCUGUCCGGGUGUGUCCGCGUUUUUUGCAAAUGUCGGUCAACGAGAGAAUGACAUACAUCAAACAGAAAAGUCUCUGUUUGAACUGUUUCGCAAGAGGUCACCAACUCCGAGAGUGUACGAGUGCGCACAAUUGCUUUACAUGCAAAGGGCGGCACAACACUCUUCUCCAUCGGGGUGACAGUGCCCACAAUGGUGCCUCUUCAUCGUCCAAUAUACAGUCCACUCCAAAUCCAACGGCAACAAAUGUGCAGAAUUUCUUUGCCAAUAAUGCUCAGAAUGUCCUUCUCGGCACGGCGGUCAUCAAUGUUUGCCACUUGGGCACUACAUAUACCGCACGUGCGCUAAUUGAUUCCGGGUCCGAAGCGACCUUCAUUUCUGAGCGUUUGUUCCAACGCAUUAAGUUGCCUUUCCAGUCCGUGCGAGCCCAGGUAUCCGGGCUAAAUCACGCAGUUGCGGCCCAAUCGCAGAAGUUAUGUCACUUCAGCAUUGGUUCUCCGACGAAGCCGAGGCUCCAUAUCGAGACUUCGGCAUUCGUAAUUCCACAGUUGGCAGGCAAACUGCCCUCCUUCGAUAUGCCGCGAACUUUCCUAAAGGAUCUACCAGCGAUAGAACUGGCAGAUCCACACUUCUACAAGAGCGCUCAGAUCGAUAUACUAAUUGGCGCGGAUAUCCUUCCGUCGGUCAUCUUGAGCGGCUCCCGGCCAAACAUUUGUGGCUCACUCCUUGGGCAGGAAACCGUGUUUGGCUGGAUUCUUACCGGCCCCGUCUCCCAGAGUAUGUCGACAACUGUUUCUGCGUUUUCGACAAGAGUCGCCCUCCAAGCAGACGAACAGCUCGACAGCCUACUUUCCAAAUUUUGGGAGGUGGAGGAUAUUCCAGCGAAGCUGAUAAAGGAGUCAGACUUCGUUUGCGAAGAAAACUUCGUUAAGACUACUUCUCGUAGCAAAUGUGGCAGAUAUCGGGUGACUCUUCCAUUCCGGAAGCCCGAUGGCAUUGAACUGGGUCAUUCCAGAUCUAUAGCGCUGGCUCAAUUCCUCAAGAACGAGAAUCGUUUGUCAAGAAACGAUUCUCUAAAGGAACAGUACAAUGCCGUUCUCCAGGAGUACGUGGACUUGGGUCAUAUGACACCCAUAUCGCCUCAGGCGAUUGGCACGACUCCUAAUUUCUACCUGCCUCACCACGCCGUGUUCAAACCAGAUAGCACCACAACGAAGGUGCGGGUCGUUUUCAACGCAUCUUGUCCAUCCUCAAAUGGCAAGAGUCUGAAUGAUAUCCUUCAUUCAGGGCCCAUUCUCCAAUCGGAUCUCACAUUGCAGAUCCUCCGAUGGCGAUACUAUCGAUAUGUGUUCAAUGCGGACAUAACGAAGAUGUAUCGCCAAAUCCUCAUGGACUCAAAGCACACACCGUUCCAACGAAUUCUGUUCCGCACGUCGGACGGUGAGAUCCGUGACUUUGAGUUGAACACAGUGACAUUCGGUGUCAACUGUGCGCCUUUCCUGGCUCUACGAGUCCUCCAGCAACUUGCUGAUGACAUACGCUUGGAGUAUCCUCUCGCAAGCCGAGUCAUUUCCAACAACAUGUACGUGGACGACGUCCUAGCGGGGACACACACAAGAGAGGAGGCCAUCCGGACCAUUACGGAAGUGUGUGCAGCCCUGGACAGUGCUGGCUUCCCGCUGAGGAAGUGGACGUCGAACCAUAAGAGCGUGCUGAAGGACAUUCCAAAGGACCAUCUACUUCGAGAAGAUUUCCUCGAACUCGAAGACUCUAGUACGGCGAAAACUCUGGGCAUCAGGUGGCAAGCUCACGAUGACGAGUUCUUCUUCAUGCCACCAGAAGUUGCCCAUCAGGACUCCUACACGAAGAGGGAAGUGCUCUCGCAAAUCGCUAAGCUUUUCGACCCAGCCGGGUGGCUGGCCCCUUUCGUUAUCCGAGCCAAGAUCUUCAUGCAGGAGAUCUGGCUGAGAACGCUCGAAUGGGACGAGCAUUUACCCACGGAUCUUUCACUCCAAUGGAAGGAGUACCUCCAGAGCUAUCCUGCUCUGGGAAAGAUCCGGAUUCCAAGAUGGGUCCAAUUCCAGACACGAGUGAAGCUCCAGUACCACGGAUUCUGUGAUGCGUCAGAACGGGCGUAUGGAGCAGCGAUCUAUGUCCGUGUGGAGACGGCGAACAAGGUUUCCACACAUCUCCUUACUGCGAAGACAAAGGUGGCUCCGGUCAAGUCUCUCUCAGUGCCACGUCUGGAGCUUUGUGGCGCAGUCCUGUUGGCUGAGUUAUCUGCAGCCCUCCUCCUGAAUCUGCCAGCAGAAAGUUUCCAGACUUUCUUUUGGACCGACUCAACAAUUGUUCUCGCCUGGUUGAACAAGCCACCCUGCCGAUGGACAACCUUUGUGGCCAAUCGAGUGGCCAAGAUUGUCCAAGCCAGCGACGCCAAGAACUGGUCGCAUGUGCGAUCCGAGCACAAUCCGGCAGAUCUUGCAAGCCGUGGUGUCCUGCCACAAGAAUUGGUUCGUAAUCCUUUGUGGUGGCAUGGACCAGAGUGGCUUCAUCUCCCGUCGGAUCAAUGGCCAACUUCUCCAAGUCCCAUUCCGGAGACUCUGCUGGAGCAGCGGAUUAAGUGCAACGUCGCUAAGUUACCUCCGACUCCCGACUUCCUGAGCAAGUUCUCUGAGUUUGGCAGGGCACUGCGCACGUCUGCCUAUGUUCUCCGAUUCAUCGAUAGGAGUCGGAAGUUGGCAGUUCCAAGCUCUACCGUGGUUCAGGCGGAUGAGCUGUCACGGAUCCAAGAGCGGCUAAUCGUCAUGGCUCAACGUCACACUUUUCCACAAGAAUACCAAUGUCUGCAGUCCAAGCAGCAGGUUCCUUCCUCAAGUUCAAUCCGAAACUUGAACCCUUUCCUCGAUGGCAAGGGGAUUCUACGGGCCUGUGGGCGUCUGAGGGCGUCCCACUCGCUGCGUUACGAUGAGAGUCAUCCAAUCAUCCUAUCGUAUUCCUCGUCCUUUGCACGACUACUGGUUCGUUUCACCCAUCGUAUAUCCUUACAUGGGGGUAACCAAGUCGUUAUGCGGCUGAUCCGUUCCAGGUUCUGGAUUCCCAAAUUGAAGGUCCUCGUUAAAUCCACCAUCAACUCCUGCAAGGUCUGCGUCAUCUACAAGAAGAGAUUGCAGACCCAAAUGAUGGGGGACUUGCCCAAGGAAAGGGCGUCCUACUCGAGACCUUUCACGCACACUGGAGUCGACUUCGCCGGCCCAUUCGAAAUAAAGAAUUACACUGGCCGAGCCUGCCUCAUCACCAAAGGGUAUGUCUGCGUCUUCGUGUGCUUCAGCACGAAGGCGAUCCACUUGGAGGCAACAUCGGAUCUCACGACGGAGAAAUUCCUGGCCGCAUUCUCCCGUUUCAUCGCACGGCGCGGGUGUCCACACCAAAUGUACUCGGACAACGGGAAAACCUUCGUUGGAGCUGACAAGGUGAUCUCCAACGACUUCUUGGAAGCGACGAGGGAGUGCAUCAUCGCACAACACGCCCACAAGAGCCUAUCCUGGCACUUCAACCCGCCGGGCGCCCCGCAUAUGGGUGGAUUAUGGGAAGCCGGCGUAAAGAGUUUUAAGGCACUCUUUUACAAGGCGACAUCCACCUCGAAAUAUACGUUCGAAGAGUUGUCCACUCUUCUCGCUAAGAUCGAAGCCUGCCUGAACUCGAGGCCGAUUUCCCCUAUGUCCGAGGAUCCUGCGGACUUACUAGCGCUCACUCCUGGCCAUUUCCUCAUAGGUGGCCCUCUUAUUUCGGUGUUGGAACCACCAAUUAACCAACCGGCCACCUCCAUCCUCAAUCGAUGGCAGCGACUGAAGGCUCUUCACCAACAAUUUUGUUUCCGUUGGAAAGAUGAGUACCUGAAGGAGCUGCACAAACGGACGAAAUGGCAAUCCCCUACCCGGAACCUUCGGAUCGGUGACAUGGUCGUCAUAAAGGAAGACAACCUCCCCUCUAACGAGUGGCGCCUAGGACGGGUGCUGACGACGUGUCCAGGCACCGACGCCAAGGUCCGAGUGGUAGAUGUGCUCACGGCGCGGGGUACCAUCCGAAGACCCGUUGCCAAACUUAUUCUACUCCCGAUGGACAGCAAGACUGACCCCUCCACGUCAGAAGGACUGAAGGACGAAUAA